AUGGCCUCCACAUUACGCUCUGCUCGCCUCGCCCUCUUGCGCACCCCACGGCUCUCCCAAUGUCCCUCGCGCGCCGGCAGGCUUGCUUUCGCAAGAUGGAACUCCACCCUUGCACAAGACCCAAUAACUGGCGAGCGUGUCCAGCUUCCGGAUGUGCAGCCUUCAUUAGUUCAAAUCACUAAAACCAAGGAUCCUAAACCGGUUCCUUCCCCAUCUGGUCUCGUCUUCGGCCAUACCUUCACGGACCACAUGUUGACUAUCCCAUGGCAUAUUCUUGAGGGCUGGGGCACGCCCAAAAUCAUGCCUUAUGCGGAUCUUGCCCUGCCCCCAAGUGCGACCGUCUUCCAUUAUGCCCACUGUCUCUUCGAGGGCAUGAAAGCAUACCGUGACGAGUCCGGCCGUGUGACACUUUUCCGGCCGGAUAUGAAUAUGAAGCGUAUGAACAACUCCGCUUCACGAAUUGCCCUGCCUCAAUUUGACGGCGAGGCCAUGAUCGACCUUAUGAAGCAGCUUAUCCGCUUAGACAAGCACUGGAUUCCCAAACAGCCUGGCUACAGCGUAUACGUCCGUCCCACUUUGAUUGGUACCCAGCCAGCCCUUGGUAUCACCCCUCCUAAGGAGGCCCUGUUUUUCAUCAUCUGCAGCCCUGUCGGCCCGUACUUCCCACAAGGAUUCAAACCCAUCGCCCUUUACGGCACGACCGAGUUCACGCGCGCCUCUCCAGGAGGUAUCGGCGCAUACAAGCUCGGCGCAAACUACGCCGCCGGUAUCGCGGCGCAGAAGGUGGCCAUGGCCAAGGGCUACGUCCAGAACCUCUGGCUCCACGGCCCAGAGCACUACAUCACCGAGGUCGGCGCCAUGAACGUCUUCGUCGCCUUCAAGCGCCCUGGCGGAGUGACCGAGCUCGUCACGCCCCCGCUCGACGGCGUCAUCCUGCCCGGAGUGACGCGUGACUCGGUGCUCGCGCUCGCGCGGGACCACGCGGAGGGCAGGCUGCAGAUCCCAGACCUCACCGACGAACUUGUGAUCAGCGAGCGCCAGGUGACGAUGGGGGAGGUGCGCGACGCGGCGCGGGCGGGCGAGGUCGUCGAGUUCUUCGGGGCGGGCACCGCCGCGGUGAUCAGCCCCGUGGACCGCAUCGGCUACCUGGGCGAGGACGUGCACAUUCCCACUGGGGAGGACGGCAUGGGCCCGCUGUCGCGGCCGUUGUGGAAGUACCUGACGGGCAUCCAGACGGGCAAGAUCGACCACCCGUGGUGCGUCGAGGUCACGAGGGAUUAG